AUGUCUCUUACAAAUACAUUUCAUAAAAUAAUUGAAAGGCUUGAGACCGAAAAUAUGAAUAAAAGAUUUUUGACGUUUAAGCAUUCAAAAACACAUUAUUUUCAACCUCUAAUGGUUACAAGUGUAUUUUGGGAAGUUAAUACACUAUUAAACGAAUGGUUAUCCUCUUCCUUAUGUGCAGAACAUCAAAAACAAAUUUGUGAAGCUUCAACUUAUCAUGCAAAGCUAAUUGGGGACAAUGAUAUUUUUGAAUUAUUACAUUGUCAAGACGAAUUGGAUUUAGAGAAUCAAAUUAAUCCAGAAUUAAUUAACAAUGGAGAUGAAUCAACGAUUGCCAUAUUUAUUGAAGAUAAGUAUGAAGAUAAAAAAAUCUUUCUUAAAAAUCUUUUACAAGAAUUUAAUAUUGAUGAUAUACAUGAAAUUUGGAAAGUUGAAUCAUUAUUGGCUUGUUCACCAACUUCUUGUCAAUAUGUAGUAAUCUUAAAAAAUGGCUGUAAUAAUGUUGCAAAAUUUCAUAUUAAUAUGAUUCCAAAAAGAUGGUAUAAGGAACAUUUACAAUCAGAUUUGAUGAAAAUUAAUAAUUCACCAGUUGUUACACUUGGUAAUGAACGUAAUAAUGUGCAUAAUGUUAAUAAAUCAGAUAGAGAUCAGCUAAUUGAUAUUGACUUUACACAAACAAAUAUUUUUAAUCAACGCUAUAAAUCACCUAAUAUUCAAAGACAAGCUUUUAAAAAAAAUGAGUAUGCUAUUUUAACAGGACUUUCAAGAAAGGCUUCUCAAUUAGCAAUAAAAGAUAGGAAUGAUGAAUUAAAAGAUUUUUUAAAUAAAUUUAUUGAAAAAAGAAAAAAAAAUCAUGAGAUGCAAGAAUCAAAUAGGAGAUUGAGAACAAUUGAUAAUGUAGUAAAUAAAAAUGUAAGAAGUGCAGAAAUUAAUGGCAAAAUUGUUUUUGAAGCUAAUGGAAGAGUAUAUGCAACAGAUGAGAUUAAUGAACAAUUAGAACAUAUUGCAAAAGGUCGUCCUGCUAACAAAAGAUUAAAAUCUAGUAUAGAAAUUUCUGGAAAAAGCAGUGGUAAUAUUUUAGGUAAAGAAAACGCCAAUAAAAAGGAAUAUAUAUGUAGUAAAUGUAAAGAAAUAGGACAUAAUGAAAGAACAUGUAAAAAGUAAAUAGAAGAUUUAUAUAUUCUUACGUGCUAAAAUUUAAAGUUGUUUAAUAGUUGCGUUAAAUAAUAAUUGCGUUGAAUGAGAGACUUAGAGUUAGUUUA